CGCCCAGAAUCGGGUUUUUGAGGCAGAUACGAGCCAAAGGAAGAGGAGAGCUGGGAUUUGGAUCCCAAACACCCAAGGGACGAACCCUAGAGAGAGAGAGCGACUCGGGAACAUUCUUGGAGCUAUUUUGGAGGAUUUCUUCGCCAUUGGAGCUCGGGAAUCAAGCUUGGAGAUGGAGAUUGAAGAUCUAGAUCAGAUUUCUGCAGUCUCUCUCUUCUCUAUGGAGUAACUUCCCUUCACUUAGGUUUUGAGGAACCCUAGUUCCAUGAGUUAGGAUCUUUCUUGUAUGAAGUUUUGGAUGCUAUAUUGUUUGAUUAUAAUCGAAUGGUGCAUGUUUAUUGAGUCAAUUGAAGUCUGAUCAACUUUUCCUGAUUUCUGCUGCAACCUGAGAUAGAUAGAAUCUGAUUAGGUUGUUAGAGCCUCAUCAUUCGGUAGUAGGAGAUUGGCUAUACGAGAGUUAGCCAGUUUACUGCUUUGUACUGGAAUCCAAUUCCAGUAGUGGAGUUCUGUGCUUAUUGCUUCAGCUUUCUAUCCCGGUGAAGACUAGUCGUCUGCCGGAUAGUUAGACUGAGAGGGCCUGGUCAGCUUAAGAGAUUCCAAGCUACUGUCGGAUCUUCCGCAGUUUAAUCAACAGUAAAACAACCAAAAGGAAUUACAACUUGGACCUAAUUGAGGAGCUAGGGGGAAUCAUACCUAAGUGAGUUCCCAAACUGUAAUUAGUAGUUUUACUUAGUUUAGUUAGUAGAGUAGUUUAGUUAAUCAAUCCUUAAUCUAGUUUGCUAGAUAAUGAACUGAAGCUGAGUAAUAGUAACUCUAGAGACCCGUGGAUUCGAUAUUUAUUACUUGUGCCACUAUAUUGCAGUCCCUUCCAUUGGUUACACUUGGCCAUUGUUAGGUGUUGUGUUUUAGAGCAUCAAGUUUUUGGCGCCGUUGCCGGGGACUUUCUAGAGUAUUAGGAAAGGCAGAAGUUUGUUACUUUAGCGUUUUUCUUCUCUUUUCUUUUAUUUUCCACCCUUGCUUUUCACUUGGGUGUUUUUGUUUUUGUUGGUGCAGAUCUGAAUCAUGGAUCCUCAUGGCUUCUCCAAUCAUUGGGGGUAUCCACCACCAUCCGAGUGGUAUUACCCCGAGACUCCCUGGAGCAAUCAAGGAGGAGAAGAUUAUGGAUUCGGGUUCCAGUACCAACCCCCUUACUACGGAGAACAAUCAGACCCCUGGGUAUAUCAAGAACAACCUCAUUACCAAGAAGACUUUCUCCCACAACCAGAAGGGCCAUCGGAGCUGGAGUUACCCAUGGCGGCCUUCACGGGCCACUCUGCAGAGCCAUGCUACACUUCACUGGAAGAUCCGAACAAACAAUUAAGGCUUCUCGUGGAGCAGUUUGCUCGAGACACUGAGAGAUCCUGCUCCAAGAUGGAUCUUCAAAUUCAAGCCCUUGCCUCUUCCGAUCCCUCAUUUCUCCAUGAUAUGGAGGAGACUGUUCAGCACUCAGCGAAGCAAACAGAGUGGGUGGAGCAAGUUUGCUCACAUCUUGCUCAAGAUCACCUUUCUGCUACCACGCUAGAAGAGGUGGAGGAUGACAAAGGCUACGGGAGCGUUGAGGAGCAUACAGAAGUUAUCACAGAGAACUCCCAUGAUAAUCAUGAUCAGGAAAGUCCUUUGGUUGCAGACCACACCUUUCCUCAUUUAUGCUCUAACAUGUUGGGCCCGUGCGAGGAGAUGCAAGAUUAUCCCAUUGAAGAAAUUGCUUGGCGACUUGCUCUCCAAUCUGUUCUAGAAGAAGAAGAGCGAGAAAGGAUGAGGAAGGAAGUUGUGGAGGAUGAGGAAGAAAGAAAAGAAGAGGUGGUUCUUGAUCUUUUCCCAGGAGAGAGACCACAUUUUGAAGAAGGAAGGGGGGUUGAGGAAGCAAUUGGCGUCCAGGCUGAGGAUGAAGUUGAGGUGGAAGAGGCAUGCACCGACCAUGAGUUACAAGUAAUAUCCCCACCAAACUUUGAGGAACUGCUUAGCAAGGACCCAUUUGCAGUGUCUCUUUGCCAGACCAAGGCCACUUCAACAUCGGUCCCUCUUAAUGGACGCGAUGGUGGCCAAUCGAUGUUGUCAUAUCUGGUUUGGGGCAAUGAGACGAGAGAAAAGAAGAAGAGGUCUCGAGGGUGGAGACUUCAUCUGCAUCAAGUACAUGAGCCUUCAUCACCUGCCACACUACAUGCUCGUGACUUGAGACUCCACCUCAUCGACGAGAACCUCAACUUCAAGGAGGUUCUAGCAUGGACAGAAACUUAGGAGCCAUCGUCCGGCUCACGACAUGAAAGAAGCGCUUGUUGGGAGGCAACCCAACCAGUCGGUUUGCAUUUCUUUCUCUAUUUCUCCUCGGUUGAGUCAGUUUUGUUAUUUGAUUUUAGAGUCAAUAACUCAACCUUUGUGAG